UCAAUUGUUUCCUGUUUUUAUGUUUAUUUAAAUAUCUCAAAAAUCGCCCAAGACUUUCUCAGUUCCUCUUCACUGGAGUGGAGCAGCAGCGGAACUUUCUUCAAAAUGUCUCUUCUUUCACUUCUGCUGGUGCUUCUGCCGCCUCCAUCGCUCUUUUACUCUUUAAAGAACUGCACAGCCGACUUCUAUGACCGUACAGUGAUAGAUUGUGGACACAGUCACUUGACCACGGUUCCAUCUCACAUUCCCAAAAGUGCUACACUGAUAAAUCUGGGGCCAAACCAAAUCGAGACAAUCAAACAGACAGAUCUGCGAGGCUUUACACAACUUAAAAUUUUAAAUUUAGGAAAUAAUUGCGUUUCACUCAUAGAAGACGGAGCUUUUAUGGAUCUGUCAUCUUUAACUCAUCUGAACCUGGCGAGAAACGAUCUUUCAUCCCUGACAGACAACAUGUUUAAGGGGCUGUCCAACUUAGUCACUCUUGAUUUGUCACUUAACAGAUUUCGAAAAAUUUCGAAGUUUGCGUUUGAACCUUUGAAAUCACUGCAGGAAGUGUAUAUGUUUCCUAUAUACUUUGUCCUAGUGGACAUGAUCAAUAUAAUUUCACACACACCGUCUAUAAGGAUUUUAUCUGUAGAGACAGAAUCAUUUGAAGCUGACGUUUGUCCGUUCCCUCUGCUAAACCUUACGAAGUUGCACUUGGACUCAUUAUCUUUAAAAAAGUUCAGUGUUCAUGGGAAUGUCGUGCCUCAGUUAGAAUAUCUUAUUUUAUCAAACUCUGGACCUGAAUUUGAAUGGGAUGUACCAAAUAAAGCUGUUUUAAAAAGUUUGAAGCGUUUAGAGUUAUCGUUUAAAAAGAUGACAACUGAAAGCUAUCUGUCUAUUUUACAAAGUGUUGAUUCAGUGGAGUUUCUUGAGCUCACAGCGUUUGGAAAUCCAUUUGACCAAAGUGUGAUGGACGCAACGUGCAGUAUUCCAUCUUUACAAAAGUUGGAAAUAACACACAGAAACAUAACUAUGAUAAAUGACACUUACCUACGGGCCUGUUCUAAUCUCACUGAACUGGGGUUUUACUCUAAUGCAUUGAGCGAACUGUCAGAGUGUUCCCUCCGAAUGAUGACGAGACUCAAGCGACUCAACAUAGAGAGUAAUGGUUUAACCCGAAUCCCCACGACCAUCAGAAACCUGUCCACCAUCACACACCUGUCCUUUCUAUCCAACCACAUUACAAAACUUCAGUGUUCUGACUUUUUAAAUUUGCCACUGUUAGAAGAACUUAAUCUUAAUUACAAUAAAAUUUCCAAAUUUAAAAAUUGUGUAUUGAAGGAUCUUAAGAAUAUACGUGUACUUUAUCUAAAGAAUAAUGCUUUUUCUACAUUAGACGACACUUUUGGCAGCAGUUUUCCCCAUUUGGUUGAUUUCAGUGCUGAAGACAACUACCUAAGGUUAGUUCACAAAGGAACUUUUAAUAAAAUGUUAUAUCUUACAGAUUUAAAUAUCAAAUCUAAAUCAGCAACUAAUGUGGAGAAUGGUACAUUUGAGGGACUAUUGAAUCUAAGACAUCUGAAUUUUUCUCAAACUUACCAAAGUGGGGGCAUAAUUUCAGGUUUAGAACAUCUGGAAAGUCUUGUUGUGUUCAUUACUAGUAACAAAGAAACUGUGGUAUCAAACCCAGUGACUCUUAACCUUUCAUCGCUUCAGAAGUUAACCGUGGAAGUGGACAGAAACGUGUGUGUGGAUCAGGCUCUGUAUAAUCUUCACAACAUGACAAACCUACAGGUGUUUUCACUGGAAACUAUCUGCUGUGACAUUCCUACUCACACGUUUUUGGAAACUCCACAUUUACAAAAGCUUAAAAUCACCAACUGUGUGGACUUUAGUCCAGACUUGGACCUGUUCAAAACUAUUUCAGAAUUAAAAUUUCUAGACUUGUCACAUAAUAAAAUUCAAAGCUUGUCUUUUUUCUCUAGAGCUAAUCUAACUAAACUGGAACAACUGAUUUUACGAAACAAUGAAUUACAAAUCAUCAAUGAGACGAUUUUUGAGGCACUUCCUUCACUGAAAUACCUCGACUUAUCAGAAAAUCCGUUUGCAUGUGAUUGUUCAAAUGCAGAGUUCAUUAUCUGGGCGAUCAAAAACAAGCAGGUUCAAGUGGUCAAUGGUUUUCAGUACAGAUGCUCCUCUCCGUUGUCUCUAGAUGGACAGUUUCUGCUAGACUUUAAAGUGCAGUUGUGUUGGGAGGAGACUAGCUUCCUCUGCUUCCUGUUCAGCUCUGGUCUGGUCCUGUUCACUCUCCUCUCUUCGUUUAUCUAUCACUUUAUGCGCUGGCAGCUGGCCUAUGGCUUCUAUCUGCUGCAGGCUUUUCUCUACGACAGUAAAAAGAAGAGACAGGGAAAACCUAGUCUCUAUGAUGCAUUUGUGUCCUACAACUGUCACGAUGAAGACUGGGUUUACAGAGAGUUAGUACCUGAACUGGAGGAGCGGCGGGGAUGGAAGCUGUGCCUGCACCAUCGAGACUUUCAACCAGGGAAACCGAUCAUUGAGAACAUCACAGACGCCAUCUACAGAAGCAGGAAGACUCUGUGUGUGAUCAGCCGCCACUACCUCCAGAGCGAGUGGUGCUCCCGGGAGAUUCAGAUGGCCAGCUUCCGUCUGUUUGAUGAGAAGAGGGAUGUGCUGAUCUUGUUGUUUCUGGAGGAGCUCUCGUCCAAUCAGCUGAGCCCAUUCUACAGAAUCAGGAAGUUAGUGAGGAGCCACACGUAUCUGAGCUGGAACCAGGCCCGUGGGAAUAAGGCUUUGUUCUGGGAGAAACUCCAAAAAGCUCUGGAGAAUGGGAACAACCCUGCCGGCAACCCCAACCGUCAUGCUGCUAAUGUGUAGCUGCACUAUGUACGGGGUGAAGAAGUUCAGUUGUUUGUUUCUUUUUUUUCCUUGUGUCUUUAGGUCAGAAUGGGUGAUGGUGCAAUUUGGCAGCCCCACAUUCAGGGCCCCAAGGCUGUCCAAACUUUUUACUGGAGAUAUUCUCACCAUUUAACUCUUAAAAUUUGUUAUAUGUCACUUUCUUUUCAAUGACAUUCUGUUUAUGUAGUUUGACUUUAUUUUAUUGUCAAAGUGAAUGUUCGUUUAUAUUGCAUUUUAUAAUUAAAGCCUUAACAGAUUUUCA